UUUCCCCACAAAUGAAUCAUCCCUUCUACUUCACCAAUUUCUUCUAGUGAGAGAUAGUUGGAUGUGUUCUUGUGUUCCAAAACUAAAGAUAGAUCGUGUGUUUCAGAGAUGACGAUUUCUGAAGAAAUCACUUCUCCCCUGAUUGAUCAAUCUAAACAAGUUCAAGUCAAUGCUUCCAGCUCCAACAAACCAGAUUCCAAUGAAUUAGAAUUGUUAAACUCAUCAGUAGAACAAGUAUCAUUAACAGUUCCAAUCACAGACGAUCCAACUUUACCAGCAGUAACUUUUCGAAUGUGGGUACUUGGAAUAUUAGCUUGUAUGAUUCUCUCUUUCCUCAAUCAAUUCUUUUGGUACCGUCGUGAACCACUUUCAAUCUCAUCAAUUUCUGCCCAAAUUGCUGUGGUUCCAAUCGGACAUCUCAUGGCUGCGGUCUUAACUCGUCGAGUAUUCUUUCAAGGGAGUAAAUGGGAGUUUUCGUUGAACUCUGGUCCAUUUAAUGUGAAGGAACAUGUGUUGAUUACCAUUUUAGCGAACUCUGGGGCUGAUAGUGUGUAUGCGAUUCAUGUGGUUACGGCUGUGAAAGUGUUUUAUAAGAAGAAUUUGAACUUUGGGGUGGCGCUGAUUGUGGUUGUAACUACACAGAUUUUGGGGUUUGGAUGGGCUGGAAUAUUCCGACGGUAUCUUGUUGAACCGGCUGCUAUGUGGUGGCCGCAGAAUCUUGUUCAGGUUUCUUUGUUCAGGGCAUUACAUGAUAAAGAGGAAAGACCAAAAGAAGGAUUAACAAGGAACCAAUUCUUCAUAAUGAGCUUCAUUUGUAGUUUUGCAUACUAUAUCUUUCCUGGUUAUCUCUUCCCAAUGCUAAGCUCAAUUUCAUGGCUAUGUUGGGUUUUUCCCGACUCUAUUCUCGCCCAUCAACUAGGCUCUGGUCUGAAAGGACUUGGCAUAGGUGCCAUUGGCCUCGAUUGGUCCAGCAUUUCAUCCUACAUCAAAAGCCCAUUUGCCAGUCCAUGGUUUGCCACAGCCAACAUUGGUGCAGGCUUCUUCCUAGUGAUGUAUGUCAUCACUCCAAUCACAUAUUGGCUUAACAUCUAUAAUGCCAAGACUUUCCCCAUUUUCUCAGAUGGCCUAUUCACCUCCUCCGGUCAAAAAUACAACAUAACAGCCAUAGUUGAUCAAAAUUUUCAUAUUGAUUUGGAUGCUUACAAUCGUGAGGGGCGUCUUUAUAUAAGCACAUUUUUUGCCAUCACUUAUGCUCUUAGUUUUGCUUGUUUGACCGCCACAAUCGUGCAUGUUUUCAUCUUCCAUGGAAGUGAUCUAUGGCAACAAAGUAAGUCUGCCCUUAAUGAAAAGAAAGUUGAUGUUCAUACAAAGCUUAUGCAGAGGUAUAAACAAGUCCCGGAAUGGUGGUUCAUUUCUAUACUCCUUUUGAACAUUGUGGCUACCAUUUUUGCAUGCGAAUACUACAAAGAUCAAUUGCAGCUCCCAUGGUGGGGUGUCUUGCUAGCUUGUGGCCUAGCUUUCUCUUUUACCCUUCCCAUUGGAGUUAUAACCGCGACAACCAAUCAGACUCCAGGAUUAAAUGUGAUAACCGAAUACAUUAUCGGGUAUAUUUAUCCUGGUUAUCCGGUUGCAAACAUGUGCUUUAAAGUGUAUGGAUACAUUAGCAUGAAACAGGGGAUCACAUUCCUUCAAGACUUCAAACUUGGACAUUACAUGAAGAUCCCUCCUAGAACAAUGUUCAUGGCACAGCUUGUUGGCACAAUGGUAUCAGCUAUGGCUCAUCUGUUAACAGCAUGGUGGCUAAUGGACACGAUUCCAGACAUAUGUGAUCGAGCAGUAUUACCAUCAGGUAGUCCAUGGACCUGCCCUGGGGACCAUGUGUUCUAUGAUGCAUCGGUCAUUUGGGGCUUGAUUGGGCCGAGAAGAAUUUUCGGUGAUUUGGGUUAUUAUUCAGCGAUCAAUUGGUUCUUUCUCAUAGGAGCUAUGGCACCAAUUUUGGUUUGGAUUGCUUCCAAGUGUUUUCCAAGCCAGGGAUGGAUAAAGUUUAUCUCAAUGCCAGUGCUUUUGAGUGCGACAAUCAAUAUGCCUCCAGCAACUGCGGUUAACUACACUAGUUGGUUGUUGAUUGGAUUCUUGUCGGGCUUUGUGGCUUAUCGGUAUUAUAGGAAUUGGUGGAGUCGACAUAACUAUGUGUUGUCGGGAGCACUCGAUGCUGGUCUUGCAUUCAUGGCGGUUUUGCUUUACUUGUGCUUGGAUAUGCAACAUGUUAGUCUUGAUUGGUGGGGUAAUCAUCCUGAUGGAUGUCCAUUAGCUUCAUGUCCAACUGCUAAUGGUAUUGUGGUUAAAGGGUGUCCAAAUUAUGAAACUCAUAUAUGAAGCACAACAAAAGGAAAUGAUUUACUCAAUGUACAAUUAAAGACAACAUCGUUUGAUACAAUUACUUUGUAUUAUUACUCCAUUUAAUGAUUUUUUUUCAUUUAAAUUUGUUUAAUAAUAGGAACUUUAGUUUGUAAAUUUCAAUUAAAAAAUUCAAUAUGUUUGGGUAUUGUGGAAGCAAACAAACUUUUUUUCAA